AUGUCUGGCCCCGCUGCGCCUCCUUUCCUUCGCCGCAUCCUUCCCGGAAAGGGAAUGCGCUGGCCCGGCAAUAGCGGCCGCAACAUCAUCCAGCCGGAGCGUCGGGACGAGGUUGUCGCCUCUUCUCUCGAAAUCCUUGUCCAAAAUGUUUACCCAAACAUGAGGAUGACCGCGCCCCCCGCCAAGCGUCGGGCUAAACGUUUGCUGGUCGAAAUCGUCGACCUCUGCACGCGCCUUGUGCGCGAAAACCGGGCGAACGACCCCCUGGCCGGCAUCGGCCUGGCUGGUGUUUGCGAGUGGGGUUGGAACCCCUACGACUGGGAGGACGAGUCCUUCCUCGAGCAGGCUCGCUUGGGCACCGAGUGUGACGAACCGUUACAAGCACAGGAGUAUUAUCGCUGGGAUAGAACAAUAGACCCUCACAUCUUCCAGGCCCUGUUUUUGGUCAUGGUCGAGGCUCGCCAGCGCUUCCUUGCCUUUGCCGCUGAAAACAUGUCCAAAUAUGGACAAGAGCGUCGCUGUCUGCUCGCCGCUGCCGUUGACAGAUUUUUGGCGGCUUCUGUGGUGUCCUGGGAUGCUAUCAGCGCGGUGAUCGAGCUCCAGAUCAAGGAGCCUGAUGAUGACGAGGCGGAAGAGCUCUAUGGCACAGAGCCGGAGUCGGAGGAGGAGUUUGAGGAAUUUGAGGAGGAGGAGGAGUAUGAGAAGAAGCAAGAUGUUGUGAUGGAGGAUCUUGUGUACCGUGGCCCAAGGCCCUCCGAAUAA